AUUGCAUCCAUUUGCCGCGUGUGCACGGGAGCGCAGCGCCCAGGCGGCCGGAGCGAGCGAGGGAGCGAGCGAGCGCUCUCUCUUUCCCUCAGUCUCGGCAUCUUGCCUUCCCUCGCCUUCGGUUCCCCUCCCUCUUUCCAAGGGGGCACUCCCAGCAAGUUGUGAAGGCGCGCUGGCAUUGGCACCGGAUCGUUCCACGCUCCUGGCCCAACUUCUACGCUGUUGCUUCGCUACCAAAAAACAAAAAGAGAGAGAAAGAAAGAGAGAGAGAAAUAAACACAUCAAAACCCAUGAUGGAUUACAAAGGCAGCGGCGAAGGGAGCAGCAGAGCCAGCAGCCCUUCGGAACCGAGGCUGGGGUCGUAGCGAAGAGGUCGGCGAAGGUGACCCGGCGUCUCCCGCGGAAACGACCGUCAAGCCCCCGCCAGCCUGCUCUGGUGCGGUCGAAACAGUUAAAUGCAGUAAGAGGUGCUGAACAUGCCCCGCAGUCCAACAUCAAGUGAAGAUGACAUGGCUCAGAGUUUUUCGGAUUAUUCCAUGGAAUCUGAAUCAGACAGCUCCAAAGAAGAAACCAUUUAUGAUACUAUCAGGGCUACGGCAGAAAAACCAAGCAACAGAAUGGAAGACAGCCAGAACAACACAUUAGUGAUACGGAUUAUAAUACCUGACUUACAGCAAACGAAAUGUAUUAGAUUUAAUCCUGAAGCUACGGUAUGGGUAGCAAAACAGCGAAUUCUUUGCACGUUGAAUCAAAGUUUGAAAGAUGUUCUCAAUUAUGGCUUGUUCCAGCCUGCAAACAAUGGGAAAGAUGGGAAGUUUCUGGAUGAGGAGCGACUUCUUAUGGAAUAUCCACAGCCUGUAAACAAGGGUGUCCCAUCCUUAGAGUUCCGAUACAAGAAGAGAGUAUACAGACAAUCAAAUCUUGAUGAAAAGCAGCUAGCUAAGCUCCAUACCAAGGCAAAUUUUCGGAAAUUUAUGGACCAUGUUCAUCACCUCACUGUUGAGAAAAUAGCAAAGAUGCUUGAUCGAGGACUGGAUCCUAAUUUCCAUGAUUUAGAGAGUGGAGAAACUCCAUUGACUUUGGCAGCUCAGCUUAGCAAUUCUGUGGAAGUGAUCAAAGCUCUGAAAAAUGGAGGAGCCCAUUUAGAUUUUAGAGCCAAAGAUGGUAUGACAGCAUUACAUAAAGCAGCUAGAGCAAAGAACCAACUAACUCUGAAGACCCUCUUAGAGCUUGGAGCAUCUCCCAACUACAAAGACAGCUGUGGCUUGACACCACUGUAUCAUACUGCUGUAGUUGGAGGGGAUCCAUAUUGUUGUGAAUUGUUACUUCAUGAACAUGCUACUGUUGGUUGCAAAGAUGAAAACGGAUGGCAAGAGAUUCACCAGGCUUGCCGAUAUGGACACGUUCAGCACUUAGAACAUUUUCUAUUUUAUGGAGCAGAUAUGAGCACACAAAACGCAUCUGGAAACACAGCACUGCAUAUCUGUGCACUUUACAAUCAGGACAGCUGUGCAAGAGUUUUGUUGUUACGAGGAGCCAACAAGGAGUUAAAGAACUUUAAUAGCCAGUCUCCAUUUCAGGUGGCAAUAAUUGCAGGAAAUUUUGAGCUUGCUGAAUAUAUCAAGAAUCAUAAAGAAACCGACAUAGUGCCAUUUAGAGAGGCUCCUACCUACUCAAAUAGAAGACGGAGGCCCCAGAGCACCUUGGCAACACCUCGUGUCUUGCUUCGUUCCAACAGUGAUAACAAUCUGCCUAUCAACGUUCCUGACUGGUCAGCCUCUUCUUUAGCUUCUUCACACCGUAGCCUUUCACCUCACCUACUCCAACAGAUGCAGAAUAAUCCUAAUGGAACUGUGAAAACUGUUGGGAGCUACACGCCAUCCUCUCGGAGCCGCUCACCGUCAUUAAAUCGGUUAGGAGAGGAUGCAAAACGACAACACCGGCACAUCGGUGCCAGUUAUAACCCCAGUGCCAACAAGGAUACUGUAUCUGCCUUGGAUUAUCAGGGUCCCAAGCGCAAACUUUACAGCGCUGUACCUGGAAGACUAUUUAUCGUUGUGAAGCCAUAUCAGCCACAAGGAGAAGGGGAAAUUAAUUUGUACAAAGGGGACAGGGUAAAAGUUUUAAGUGUUGGUGAAGGUGGAUUCUGGGAAGGCAACACUCGAGGACAUAUUGGAUGGUUUCCUGCAGAGUGCGUUGAGGAAGUGCAGUGUAAACCCAAUGAGAGCAAGCCAGAAACUCGAGCAGAUAGAACAAAGAAAUUGUUUAGACACUAUACUGUUGGAUCAUAUGACAGCUUUGAUACUUCAAGUGACUGCAUUAUAGAAGAGAAGGCAGUGGUCCUGCAGAAAAAAGACAAUGAAGGAUUUGGGUUUGUGCUCAGAGGGGCCAAAGCUGAUACGCCUAUUGAAGAAUUCACCCCAACUCCAGCCUUUCCUGCUUUGCAGUAUCUGGAAUCAGUGGAUGAAGGCGGGGUAGCAUGGCAAGCUGGCUUGAGAACAGGAGACUUCUUGAUUGAGGUUAAUAGUGAAAACGUAGUAAAAGUUGGCCACAGGCAGGUGGUGAAUAUGAUUCGGCAAGGAGGCAAUCACUUAGUACUUAAAGUUGUCACAGUAACCAGGAAUCUUGAUCCGGAUGACACAGCCAGAAAGAAAGCCCCACCACCUCCAAAACGGGCUCCAACCACUGCACUGACCUUGCGGUCUAAGUCAAUGACCUCAGAACUUGAAGAGCUUGUGGAUAAAGCUUCAGUACGGAAGAAGAAGGAUAAAGUUGAUGAAAUAAUACCAGUUUCCAAGCCAUCAAGAAUUCCAGAUAAUGCAGCUGUGGACUCAAGAGUGGCAACAAUCAAACAGCGACCUUCUAGUAGAUGCUUUCCCUCAGCUACAGAUAUGAAUUCCAUGUAUGACAGGCAAGGGAUUGCUGUGAUGCCACCUACAGUACCUGGGAGUUCGCAAGGCCCAUUUCUGGGUGUACCACGAGGGAUAACAGAGGAAGAGCGACAAUUUUUGGCUCCCCCCAUGCUAAAAUUUACUAGAAGUCUAUCCAUGCCAGACACAUCUGAAGAUAUCCCUCCUCCACCACAGUCUUUACCUCCAUCACCGCCACCUCCUUCUCUUUACAACUCUCCCAAAUCUCCAGUGACUAGAAUAUAUGGAACAAUUAAACCUGCCUUUAAUCAGAAUUCAGGUCCAAAGAUAGCUCUUACAGGUAGAUCUGAAAACAUGGGGACAGUGAUAAGGGAUAAAGGCAUAUAUUACCGGAGAGAGAUGGACCGUUAUUCUCUAGAUUCUGAGGACUUAUAUAGCAGAAACGCCGCAACUCAGGCAAGCUUCAGAAACAAGAGAGGUCAUAUGCCGGAAAACCCAUAUUCUGAAGUUGGAAAAAUAGCAAGCAAAGCAGUCUAUGUCCCAGCCAAGCCAGCGAGACGGAAGGGAAUGCUAGUGAAACAAUCUAAUGUAGAGGAUAGUCCAGAAAAAACCUGCUCCAUUCCGAUUCCCACCAUCAUUGUUAAAGAGCCAUCUACCAGCAGUAGUGGGAAAAGUAGUCAAGGAAGCAGCAUGGAAAUUGACCCACAGUCUUCAGAGCAACCAGGACAGCUCAGACCUGAAGAUAAUUUGACUGGCAGUAGUCCAUUUGCAGCAGCCAUUGCUGGAGCAGUGAGAGACAGGGAGAAAAGGUUAGAAGCCAGGCGUAAUUCUCCAGCUUUCCUUUCCACAGAUUUGGGAGAUGAGGAUGUUGGGCUAACACCUCCAACACCACGUAUGAGACAGUCUAAAUUUAGUGAUGAGGGAAUGUUUAGUCAUGAAGACAGCUUUAGGCAGCUUGUAUCACCGUCUCCUAUCCCAGCACCUAGAGAGUCUGAAAAUGUUUUUAAUAAUAGUGAACCAAGUAAUCAGAGUGAUGCAAGGAUACCAAACUCUACAGCCCAAACAACAGUUGGUUCCGAAAACAAUGCAUUGGCAACACAGAAUGCUGGUAUGUCCAGUUUGGAUAACUAUGUUCAUCCACUCACAGGGAAAUUACUGGAUCCAAAUUCACCUUUAGCCCUUGCCCUUUCGGCCAGAGAUAGAGCGAUGAAAGAACAAACCCAGCAGAUUCCAGGAAAAGGCGAAUCUGGCAAAGCAGACCUUAAUAAACCCCUUUACAUUGAUACAAAGAUGAGAUCUAAUAUUGAAACUACAUUCCCUGUGACAGCUACAAUUGCUAGGCAAAAUGCGCGAGGUCCUCUGAGAAGGCAGGAGACAGAGAACAAAUAUGAGACGGAUAUGGUGAAAGAGCGGAGGCCAGAAGAGAAAAAGAACAUGCUAAUAAAUAUUGUGGAUACGUCACAACAGAAGUCAGCAGGUUUGCUGAUGGUUCAUACAGUAGAUACAACACAAUCUAGUGAUAUGCCUGAAAGUGAAGCAGAAAAUGCUGAAAUGGAUGUGAAUGCUGAAAAGUCUCCACCAGAGGUACAGGAAAGUACAGAAACAACAGAGAGUGGACUAGAUGAUACUGCCAUGCCUGAGCCACCACCAUCUCCCUGCAAAACUAUUGUAGCUGUUGGCUCUGUUGAUGAGCCUAUCAUUUUACCAUUUCGCAUUCCUCCACCUCCUUUAGCGUCUGUUGAUCUGGAUGAAGAUUUCAUCUUUACUGAGCCAUUACCUCCUCCUUUGGAAUUUGCUAACAGUUUUGACAUCCCCGAUGACCCUUCAGUUCCGAGCUCUGCCCUAACAGAUUUGCUCAAACAGAGGAAAAAUGGAACUCCAUCAGCUUCCUUUAACACCAUUCAACCCUCAAAUUCAAUAGACAGUAAGAAGCCAGUGGGUCUUUCAAACUGUUUGCCUGCCUCAUUUUUACCACCUCCUGAACAUUUUGAUAAUGUCACUGACUCUGGGAUUGAAGAGGUGGACAGUCGAAGUAGUAGUGACCAUCACCUAGAGACAACCAGCACUAUCUCAACUGUGUCCAGCAUCUCUACCUUGUCCUCUGAAGGUGGCGAGAACUUGGAUACUUGUACUGUCUAUGCAGAUGGGCAAACAUUUCUGGUGGACAAACCCCCAGUACCUCCUAAGCCAAAAAUGAAGCCCAUAAUCAACAAAAGCAAUGCACUUUACAAGGAUGCGCUAAUUGAAGAAACUGUCGAUAGUUUUGUUAUUCCUCCACCUGCUCCACCCCCACCUCCCAUCAGUGCACAGCCCAGUAUGGCUAAAGUUGUACAGCAAAGGACCUCAAAGCUAUGGGGUGAUGUAACAGAGGUUAAAAGCCCAGUUCUCUCAGGCCCAAAGGCGAAUGUUAUUAGUGAAUUGAACUCAAUACUGCAGCAGAUGAACAGGGAGAAAUCUUCAAAGCCAGGGGAAGGAUUGGAGUCACCCACAGGAACAAAAACAGCAUGUCUUAGUGCAAGGAGCACAGAAGUCAUGAGCACUGUCUCAGGUACACGAAGUUCAACCAUCACCUUCACUGUUCGGCCUGGGACUAGCCAGCCAAUCACACUACAGAGCAGAUCCCCAGACUAUGAUAGUAGGACAUCAGGAGCAAGACAUGCUCCAAGUCCUGUGGUUUCACCAACAGAGAUAAGUAAAGACAUCACGCCAGCUCCUCUGACUUCUGCUGCUCCCGUUGCAUCUCCUUCUCCAACUCUUUCUGAUGUUUUUAGCCUGCCCAGCCAGCCUCCUUCUGGGGACCUCUUUGCUUUGAACACAGGGCGCAGCAGAUCUCCUUCUCCCUCCAUACUGCAACAGCCAAUCUCAAACAAGCCUUUUACAACUAAGCCUGUCCACCUGUGGACUAAACCAGAUGUGGCAGAUUGGUUGGAAAGUUUAAACUUAGGUGAACAUAAAGAGACGUUUAUGGAUAAUGAAAUAGACGGCACUCACUUACCAAACCUUCAAAAGGAAGACUUGAUAGACCUUGGAGUGACUAGAGUUGGUCACAGAAUGAACAUAGAAAGAGCCUUGAAACAGCUGUUGGACAGAUAAGAAUGGCUGCUCUUGCCUCCUAUAAACCUUUGUUAUAAAUAGAGAUAGGCUGGUACUGAAACACCCCAAAUGCCUUGGUCCCCAAGAGUACCAUCAGGUUAAAGUAUCAAGUAGCCCCUGAUUUGCAGCAGUUUAGAUUGUGGUUUAGAGCAACCCCAAGUAUGUUCACAUUAGAGGGACCAUUUGUGUCCUAAAAGAUGAGAAAAUGUGGGGAAAGGAAUAAGAAAAGGGAGGAGGGAAAACCCAGCUACCUUCAAAAUAUUUUGUAAGCUUGGGUCAUACCGAUAUUGUUUCUAAAAUUUCCAUUUUUACUGUUGGGGGCACAGACACUACAUUAAUCCUUCUGUAUUCAUGAAUUAGUAUUUGCUUUGGAGAGGUGCUCCUCUGCUUGAGCAGUAAUGUGCCACCUUCUUUUUUACGUUUAGGACCCACAGGUUUAUCUUUUCACACAGAAGUGUUAUACUGAGAACAUUUUUUUUUGUAAAGGUGUCUCCCGCAACCACUGCAUUUGACCAUGACACCAGUGUCAGUGGAUCUGUAUGCUAACUUGUCCGUUGGUUUAACCAUUCUGAUUCCCAUUUCCAUUUCAAUCAGUAUUUCAAACUAUUGUUCAAAUUUUCAUGAUGUAUUUACUUGGUAUAAUUAAAAUUUCACUUCUUAGGGGUCUCAAAACAGAAACUUCAAACAUUUGUUUGUGACAUCUUAGUUGCCUGGUUAUUACAGUUUCUCAGUAAGUGAAGCUAGUUUCUGUGAUCCAUCUUGCCUGACUUUUUAAUCUUUAUUUUUCCAUUUACAUUGAGUGCCUUUCCAAGUUGCCAGAUAAUAUUCAUGCAAGACUGCUUUUCUUAUGUAAGAUAGUAUAUAUAGGUUUUGUUU